AUGAGGAUCUACGCGGAAAAUCUGCGGGAGUAUCGGCAACUAUGCGCAGUGUUGCUGAAUAAAGGAAAAAACGAAAACAGAGCGCUGCGACUAAAGGAGCCGGCGUCGGUACCCCUCUCCGCCGGAAAUUCCGGCAACUACGUGGACCCAGAUGGCACCGCCAUUGUGAUGUCGUCUGAGCUGUUGCCUGCACCGACUCCGGAUCCCAGAGUAACAUGGAACUACUUCGACGAGCAAGGGUACGUCUCGAGGGGAGGUCUGCGAGCGGGGGAAGAUCCAUACGCGCGAAACAAAUUCAAUCAGGAGGCUUCUGACGGACUUCCCAGCAAUCGAGACAUCCCGGACACUCGCAGCGCCAUGUGUCGAAUGAAGCAAUGGAGGAGGGACCUACCCCCAACCUCGGUGAUAAUCACGUUCCACAACGAGGCUCGAUCGACGUUACUCCGGACCGUCGUGAGCGUAUUGAACAGAAGCCCUGAGCAUCUCAUCAAGGAAAUUAUUCUGGUGGACGACUUCAGUGAUCAUCCCGAGGAUGGCGAAGAACUGUCGAGGAUACACAAGGUGCGGGUGAUACGGAACGAAAAGAGGGAAGGCUUAAUGAGAUCGAGGGUGAGAGGCGCGGACGCGGCAACCGCAAGUGUGCUAACGUUCCUGGAUUCGCAUUGCGAAUGCAAUGCCGACUGGCUGGAACCAUUAUUGGAACGGGUGGCCGAGGAUCCCACGAGGGUCGUGUGCCCUGUUAUUGACGUGAUCAGCAUGGAUACCUUCCAAUAUAUCGGAGCGUCUGCUGAUCUCAGGGGUGGUUUCGACUGGAGCCUGGUGUUCAAGUGGGAGUAUCUGAGCCAGACGGAGAGGCAAGCCAGGCAAAAGGAUCCCACGCAAGCGAUCAGAACACCGAUGAUCGCGGGCGGUCUGUUCGUUAUCAAUAAAACGUAUUUCGAGAAGCUCGGCAAGUACGACACCCAGAUGGACGUCUGGGGCGGUGAGAAUCUCGAGAUAUCGUUCCGGGUGUGGCAAUGCGGCGGCAGCCUGGAGAUUAUUCCGUGUUCGCGAGUCGGUCACGUGUUUCGAAAACGCCACCCCUACUCGUUCCCUGGGGGUAGCGGUAACGUUUUCGCCCGAAACACACGACGAGCGGCCGAGGUGUGGAUGGACGAUUACAAGCAAUUCUACUACAACGCGGUGCCGCUGGCUCGUAACAUCCCCUAUGGAAAUAUUCAGGACAGGAUGGAGCUGAAGCGGAAAUUGCGCUGCAAGCCCUUCAGCUGGUAUCUGAAAAACGUGUAUCCCGAAUUAGUUAUACCGACCAGCGAGGGCGGCCCCGGCGGAUCCCUGAAGCAGGGUGCCGCGUGCCUGGAUAGCAUGGGCCAUCUACUAGACGGGAACGUGGGACUUUAUCCGUGUCACGAUACCGGCGGUAACCAAGAAUGGGGCCUGACGAAGGACGGUCUGAUAAAGCAUCACGACCUAUGCCUGACCCUGCCGGUCUACGCGAAGGGUACCACGCUGCUGAUGCAAAUCUGCGACGGCAGCGAGAAUCAGAAAUGGAGGCACCUGGAGGGCGGUCUGAUCCGUCAUUCGAGGAUCCCGGUGUGCAUGGACUCGAGAUACCACGCGCAGCGGGGCAUCACCGCGGAGAAAUGCGACUCGAACGCCGAGACGCAGAGGUGGCAUCCCUACAAUCACAAUCACUAGCUCGCGCGUACGGCCGGUGGCUCGUGAAGAUCGCGAUGUCGUCGUCACUCACGAAAGACACAACGAGUGCGGUAUCUGAUCGGCGGAAGCCGGAUCGAUCUGAUCCGGGCCGCCG